AUGGUCAAGGUGUCGUCGCUUCUGAUGCUUCCCGUGCUGGCAAUAGCCCAACAACAGGCCACCAGCAACGACGUGUUAAUCACGAUGCCUGUAACUAUUGACGGCACGCUGAAAAAUCUGCAGCUGCUCAAGGGUGAAAGCUUUGAAGAUGCCGCCAUAUCCUUCGCACGCUCUAAUGGACUCAUGGCAGCCACAGACGAUGCCCAGAUUCGCGCUGUCAUUGAUCAGCUGUCAGGUUUGCUAAAGGACAAGUUGCACGAUAUGGAGACGGAGGAGCAGCUUCUGUCGCAGCCCAGCGAGCCCAUGCCCACGGUACAGCUCUCUGUGCCGAUCACUAUUGACGACUACUCGGGAAACCUUUUUAAAUACGAAACAGAUACUCCUGAAGCUGCUGUGGAAAGAUUUCUCGGUACCAGUGGCUUCAAUUUGGAUGUCAUGGAAAAAGUGUACCCCCAGUUACUAUCGCUAGUUAAACAGAAGUUAGAGGAAUUGCAGCUUUCGAAAAAGGAGCUAUUUUCCUUAAAGUUAUUGCUGGAUGGCAGAGAGAUAAUAGUUCGACAUUUUGAAGACGGAAUUCCAAUUAAUGAGGCAAUGGAUACGUUGCGAGGUAUUGGAGUUGACGACGGAGAAUAUAUGGACAAAGUUGCACCACAGAUUGCGAGUCAGAUUGUCAAUGAGAUACACAGAAAGCAAUCAAUCACUGAUGCUACAGAGCAGCAGGUUGAAAAGCAAGUGAUCCCAGAGCAGUUAUUGCAAAGACGGGAGUUGUUUUCGGAGCAAAUGACACUAAAUAACCAGCCAGUAGUAUUGGUUCACUAUGAUGGAGAUACUGCUCAAGAGACAGCAGUGCGCUUUUUGAGUGAGAAUGGUAUUACGGAUGAUGCAAAAGCCGAAUCAAUGAUGGCGCAGCUUGUUGGCAUCAUUGACAGUCGAUUAGCAGAGUUGUUAAGCAAAGAGACGCAUGCACUCGCACGACCAUCUGCUCAAGCUCAAGCCGAACAAAACAUUCAAGCUUCUGCUAAGCAGCAAUCCGAGCUACUAGUGACAAUACCAAUUAGCCUUGAUGAGCAGCAUCAAGCUGAACUGAACUACUUUAAAGGCGAAGAUAUUGAAACGACAGUGCAGCAAUUUCUCGUUGAUGUGGGCCUGGGUAAGAGCGAGAAAUUCAGCGAUAAUGUUAUACAACUAUCGGCUUUGUUGCGUGAGCGAGUCGCUUCUUUGCCGAUACAUGAGACUACAUAUUUACCUCAUGCAACCCUUACUGAGGCUCUUUUUUCUAUUCCUGUCUCUCUUAGUGGGAUUGUUUACCACCUUGACUAUUAUGAAAAUGAGGAUCCACACUAUGCUGCGAACUCAUUCUGUAUGGAAAAGCUAGAGAUUGUGCGAGAGAAGUUAGGCAAAGAAUUUCAGCUCGGUGGUAAAUCACCUACCAAAUCUGAGACUUUACAAACUGAGUUCGAAAGCGUCGCGAACGAUGUAGCAGAUUCUCAAGAUCUGCUUCUCUUCACACUUGACAUUGACAUGGGAGAUGGCACAUCGAUCAAACUACCAGUGCACCGCAACGACAAACCCCAGGAGCUUGCGUCUGCAUUCUGCACAGAACACAAGCUUGACCAGGAAAACGUACCCGCGCUUGUGGAAGCAAUGGAACUGCAAAUGAACGAUCUGUAA